GGUCAUCCCGGCUGUCAGUGCAAAAGAGGGAUAUUUGUAACUGAACCACACACGCCAGAAGGCAGGGGUCCACUUAGAGGGGGGCUGGUUAUGCUUUAAGUUGAAUGUAUAGUUAAAAAAAAAAAAUGUCGCGGAUAUUAAACAUUAUCAACGGUCAUUUGCGGAGAGAUUUAGCCGCGUAUCGAGGGAUUGCUCUGCUGCCUUUAAGGACCAUUUCCUGCACCUCAAGAAAACAAGCACAAGAGAGUGAUGCACACACAUCGGCUUUAAGGAAGAGAUGGAAGGACACCGCAGACACUGUGAUCAUCGGUGGGGGGUGUGUGGGGGUCAGCGUGGCCUAUCACCUGGCCAAAGCUGGCAUGAAAGACGUGGUGCUGCUGGAGAAGUCUGAUCUGACAGCUGGAUCCACGUGGCACGCUGCUGGUUUAGCAACAUAUUACCAUCCAGGCAUCAACCUCAAGAAAGUCCACUAUGACAGCAUUAAAUUAUAUGAGAAGCUGGAGGAAGAAACUGGACAGGCAGUGGGCUUUCAUAACCCCGGCAGCGUCCGUAUCGCUUCAUCUGCAGCUCGAGUGGAUGAGAUGAGGUACCAGAUGACGCGCACACACUGGCACGUGACCAAGCAGUACAUGAUCGAACCGGAGAGAGUCCUGGAACUCUUCCCUCUGCUCAAUAUAGACAAGGUGUUGGCUGGUCUGUACACCCCAGGAGACGGUCACAUUGACCCCUACUCUCUGACCAUGGCUCUGGCUGCUGGGGCUCGUCUGUACGGGGCCCAAAUCUACAACCCAGCUCCGGUCACCGCCCUCAACCCGACCGCUGACGGGAAGUGGGACGUCCAGACGCCUCAUGGGACCAUCCGGGCCAAUCGCAUCGUCAAUGCAACAGGUUUCUGGGCCCGGGAGGUGGGUAAGAUGAUUGGGUUUGAACACCCCACCAUCCCAGUGCACCAUCAGUACAUUGUCACAGCAACAGUCCCGGAGGUGAAGGCUCUGAAGACGGAGCUGGCUGUCAUCAGGGAUCUGGAUGCAUCUUACUAUCUGCGCCAGGAGAGAGACGGCCUGCUGUUCGGCCCGUAUGAGAAGAUGGAGAAGAUGGUGCUGCAGGACUCCUGGGUCAGAGAUGGAGUGCCUCCAGGUUUCGGUAAGGAGCUGUUUGAGUCUGAUCUCGACAGGAUAAUGGAGCACGUGGAGAUGGCCAUGGAGAUGGUCCCUGUGCUGAAGAAAGCCGACAUCAUAAACAUUGUGUCUGGACCAAUCACGUACACCCCUGACCUGCUGCCCAUGGUCGGACCACACCAAGGGGUUCGCAACUACUGGACUGCCAUCGGCUUCGGGUAUGGAGUCAUCCAUGCUGGCGGUAUUGGUAAGUUCCUGAGUGACUGGAUCGUACAUGGAGAGCCUCCCUACGACCUGAUCGAGUGCGACCCUAACCGCUACGGGAAAUGGGUAGAAGUGCCUUUCCUGUGCGACAAAGCUCGAGAAUCCUAUGGCUUCAACAAUGUGGUUGGUUACCCGAAGGAGGAGCGGUUCGCCGGUCGACCAACUCACAGAAAAAGCGGCGUCUACGAGCUGCUGAAGGACCAAGGAUCCAUGGGCUUUCACGCCGGCUGGGAACAACCUCACUGGUUCUACAAACCUGGAGACGACACCGGAUACAAGCCCAGUUUCCGUCGCACAAACUGGUUCAGACCAGUCGGCCGGGAGUGCAAGCUGGUGAUGGAGAAGGUGGGAGUGAUCGACCUGACGCCUUUUGCCAAGUACAUCGUGAAGGGGAAGGACUCACAGAAGCUGCUGGACCGCCUGUUUGCCAACACCAUGCCCAAGGUGGGCCUGACUAACAUCAGCCACAUGUUGACACCCAAUGGGAAAGUCUUUGCCGAGGUCACCAUCACCCAGCUGGCACCCGGAGAGUUCCUGCUCAUCACAGGCUCCGGAUCAGAGGGUCAUGACCUCAGGUAUAUAGAGGCAGAGGCUGCAGAUGGUGGUUAUGACGUGGACAUUACCAACAUGACAGAAGAUAUCGGCGUGCUGGGCAUCGCAGGACCAAACUCCCGCAAAGUCCUGCAGAAGCUGACGGAUGAGGAUUUGAGUGAUGCUGGAUUCAAGUUUCUCCACUGUAAGGUCAUCCAGCUGGCCGGCGUCUCUGUCCGGGCCAUCAGGAUCUCCUACACAGGUGAACUUGGUUGGGAGCUGUACAUCGAUCAGAAGAACAUGGCGGCUGUGUAUCAGGCCAUGAUGGAAGCAGGAAAGGACCAAGGCAUCGACAAUUUUGGCACCUACGCCAUGUCCUCCCUCAGACUGGAGAAGGGCUUCAGAGGCUGGGGAGCAGAGAUGAACUGUGACACCAACCCUCUGGAGGCUGGACUGGAAUAUUUCAUCAAACUGAACAAGCCUGCUGACUUCAUUGGCAAAGCCGCCCUUCAGGAGAUCAAAGCUAAGGGCCUGAAGAGGAAGCUGUCCUACCUCGCCCUGGACACAGAUGAUGUCGACCCCGAAGGCAACGAGACCAUCUGGCUCAACGGAAAGGUGGUAGGGAACACGACCUCCGGAGCCUACAGCUACACCGCCCAGCAGAGCCUUGCGUUCGGCUACCUGCCUCUGGAGCUGUGCUCGGUGGGGCAGAAGGUGGAGGUGGAGCUGCUGGGGAAGAAAUACCCCGCCAUGGUCAUCCAGGAGCCCCUAGUCCUCACAGAGCCCACCCGCACCCGGCUGCAGAAGAAAGCCAAGGGAAAAGCAUAAAGGGUCCUCAGUCAAAGGAGAACGGUUUUACUGUGAUGUAUCAUGAAGAGUCUGAUGAAAACAAACAUUUUUGCUCCAUGUUCUAAACUGUUUGUGGUCAGUUUAGGGGAAAAAAGGUCACAUCACUUCACAAUUUCCUCUUCCUGUUUUGUUUCUGGACAAAGGGAGAACAGAUUGUGAUAGUGAAUAAUGCAUCUUAUGAAUGUGUGUUUUAGUUACAUGGAAAUAAUAAGUGUUUGUUAAAUGUUCUUGCACCAUAAUGUCUUAAAGUGCUGGAAGAGUAAUCCACUUUUUGUAAUUCCUUGAAUGGAUUUGAUUGUUUGAAACGUUUGAAGCUUUUUUAUGCAGGAUACUUGAUUUUUUUAUGAAAUAUGCAAAAAAAGACGAUGCUGCUGCUUUUAGAAAUAAGAACAUGUUCGGACUGUGGCAAAUGGGACAAAGUCUUUAAACACUAUCAACAAAACAAACAAACGCUUUCAAACUUGUAAAAUAUUGUAAAAUCUGCUCUUUUGCCUGUUAUUGAAUUGUUUUACAUUAUUACCUUCAUAAUUAAAGCUAUGAACUCUGUGC